AUGAAAUCAAGUCCCGGGAUGUGAUUGAUGAAUCCCAUAAAGACCUUUAUUCCGUGGAAGGUGUGGACAAUGCCAACGUGUCUCAUGGCUUUAAGGAUGGAAACUUUGUUGAUAAAAACCCUGAUGAUUCACUUUCCUUCGAUAUCACAAAUACUUUGUGUAUUUCAUUAUCUGGUCAAAGUGACCAAAACCCACAUGAUCAUUUAGUCGAUGACAUUGAAGUGACAAAGGAUGUGCGGUUUGAGACAAAGAGUAAUUAUGAUGCAUGUUCUCCAAACAAUAACCAUAUAUACAAUUUCAGCACGGCGCCUGCACUAAACAAGGAAAAGAAACCUUACGAAUGCAAUGACUGUGGAAAAACAUUUCCUCACAAAUCACGUCUUCUUCUACAUCAGAAGACACAUACAGGUGAGAAACCUUUUCAAUGUAGUGAAUGUGGCAAAAAAGUUACCACCCGCCAAAAACUCAUUGUCCACCAAAGAAUACAUACAGGAGAGAAACCAUUCAAGUGCAGUGAGUGUGGGAAACAAUUUAGCUGCAAAGGAUAUCUGAUCGAACAUUUUAAAAGACACACAGGGUUGAGGCCUCAUAUGUGCCACCUAUGUGGGAAGCAGUUUACCUUCAAGUCAAGCCUUGUCAUUCACCUACAGUCACACAGUGGGGAAAAACCUCACCGAUGUUCUGAGUGCGGGAAAAACUUUAACUACAUGUCUCGUCUUCUUGUACAUCAGCGAACUCACACUGGCGUGAAACCACAUGUUUGCCAUAGCUGUGGAAAGCACUUUGAUUAUAAAUCGCAGCUUACACGACAUGAGAAGACACAUUCUGUAGUAGCUGCUUUAUAA